AUGGGCCUAAGAUUGUUCAUCAUCCACCCGUCCACUUCACUGUCGACGGGUCAAGCCAACGGCGCUCCUCUACCACAAGCCGAUUUCAGCUACAUCCGAUCUGGCUUCUUUCUCCGACGGUCGGCGCCAAAUGCGGAUACCACACUUAUCUGCUUUGGAGCAAGGGAGCAGGUUGAGAAGGCCCUCGAAAGGUUCAUCGCCAGCUAUGCCUGGGAAAUGGCCUCUCUUGAACCCCUGGCACUUUUCGAUGUCAUCCUCAUGGGCUUGUUCCAUGAGGUGGAUCAGAACAUCUGGAACAUGGCUGAUGUAUUUGGUCCACUCGAGCAUAAAAUCCUCACCUACGCAAAUUCAAGAGAUGAUCAUCACCUCAACAAAACGAUGCCGUUCGCUGAUCUCCACAAUAUUUCAAAGCACACAAUUCACCUCCAUGAAGCCAUCGCAGCACAGCUGCUGUUGGUAGACAGCAUUAUCGCUCGGCUUGGGAUGCAUGACGAGCGACACAUGCAAUCACAACAGGGGUCAAGUAGUGACGCUGCCAAGCUGCAGGCUCGCCAACAGGUUCGCGAGAGCCUCGAAUACCGCAAGAGUCUCGUCCAGUCAACACAGAUGCGGCUCGGCAGCCUCCAGCGAAGAAUCGACAACAUCAUCGCCCUGUCAUUUAACCUGGUUACUCAGAACGAUUCUAUGAUCAUGAUCAACGACUCCAAGGUCAUGGCGCAGGAUUCCAACUCUAUGAAGGUCAUUGCGGGUAUCACCAUGCUUUUCCUGCCGGCGACAGCCGUUGCGAGCAUCUUGGGCAGCCAGUUGUUCGUAGACAAUGUUCCGACACCACUUUUCCGCGUCAUGUGGUGGAUCAUCAUCCCGUUGACCAUUCUGGUGUUCCUAUUUGCUGCUUUGUGGCUGCGGUGGACGUCGCAGAGACAUCAUAGCUAUGCGCAGGACCUGGAGAAAAAGCAAACUGUUGGUAUGGUUCGGAAGAAAACUCUGACAUCUCUGUUCAGUCGAAGAGCUGGUACAGGUGAGCGAUAG